GCAGUUGUGUUGAGAAAGUCUUGGCAAAUCCUCCACACCAAAAAAACAUGGAGAACGAGGCUACGGCCAUUGAAGGGAUGGAGCUGCUGACAGAAGAUGUGUUGAUGGAGAUCUUAUCUCGUCUCUCCGUGAAAUCACUUCUUCGAUGCAAAUCAGUCUCCAGAAACUGGUAUUCUCUCAUCCGAAACCCUAGCUUCAUCUCCCUCCACCACAUCCGUGCCCAACCCCACGACUGCGUCUCGCUCGUUCGCACUGACAACAAUUAUACCUACCAUUGGUUCUUUUAUUUAUUCCCCUACCAAACUUCAAUCCAACAUCUAGAUCUCUCUUUCACCGAGAGGCUAGACCUUAGUUGUUUCAGGAUCCAUGGCUCUUGUAACGGGCUCAUGUGUCACUCCGAGAUGUUGAGGUCGAAUAUCAUGAUAUGCAACCCUGCAACGAGAGAAUGUAGGCUACUCCCUCAACCCCCUUAUCAUACUUGGUUUACUAAUUAUGUAGGAUUUGCUUUUGAUUCCAAAACCAAUGAUUAUAUAGUGGUCAGGGUCGCCAUCCUCUAUGAAUUUUCUAUCCAUGAUUAUUUAGUGGAUAAGGACUUUGAACCCACACCCGUUGAUUAUAAAAUUCGUUAUAAAAUUCAGAUCUAUGGCAUGAGUAGACUCAUGGAAAGAAAUUGAAGCUACAGUGCCCAACCAUGAGUUCGAUCUUGUGAUCAUCCUUCCACGUCAUUGGAUGGGGUUUUCUACCGGCUAAGUUAUAUUGUUUCGAUUGAGGUCUACGCUAUUGAUGUCUUAAACACGGUUGAGGGAUCGUUCGAACGAAGAUCCUUGCCCGUCGGAGUUGGCUUUGAAUUAUGUAGUACUCUUUGUCUUCUAGAUGAUUCCAUUGCCCUUGUUGUGCCAAAGUAUGACAGCCAAGUAGGAGAGACACGCUUUGAUGUUUGGUUAAUGGACAAAUACAAAGUUAAGGAGUUUUGGACUAAAAAGUACACUGUUGGGCCCCUCUUAGGAAGUUACAAACCCUUUACGUUUUGGCCAAAUAGCGAGGUUCUUCUGGCUGGGUGCAAAAAUAGGCAGAUUGUGUCUUACAACCUCAGUACAGGGGACAUAAAAGGAUACAAACAGAUAUGCGAUUUCCAAGGACUACUACAAUAUAUGGCACAAGUUUUUCCAUACUCAGAGAGCUUAGUUUCUGUCAAGAGACGAGUUGAUUUAGUUUAACCAAGAUGGUGCUACAUUUACCCGUUGCUAGUCAAGAAGACGAAGGUGAUAAGGCAUACCAAUCAGCUUCUGAAAGUUCUUCGUAAUAGUCUUCUACUCAAGCACCGUGGAACUAUGAAGCAGUUUAUUCAGGUUUGCAUAUCUGUUGAAAAGUGUGAAAGGAUCCAAUUUCCAGGUCUUGGACAAUGGACAUAUAUCUAUUUUCAAUUUUUAUUGUCUGUACCUGUGUUUGCUUCCUAUGUAAUCUAAUUGUGGGCUUCAUAUCUGAUAUUGAACCUUGGUUUCAACUUAUAUUGGGAAGGAGAUACAUUUGGUUAAACUUUAAACCGUAA